UAUUGGAAGAUGAAAAGCCAGUGAGUGUUAAUGAAGUACCAGACUACCAUGAGGACAUUCACACAUACCUUAGGGAAAUGGAGGUUAAAUGUAAGCCUAAAGUGGGUUACAUGAAGAAACAGCCAGACAUUACUAACAGUAUGAGGGCUAUCCUCGUGGACUGGUUAGUUGAAGUAGGAGAAGAAUAUAAACUAGAGAAUGAGACCCUGCAUUUGGCUGUGAACUACAUUGAUAGGUUUCUUUCAUCGAUGUCUGUGUUGAGAGGAAAACUUCAGCUUGUGGGCACUGCUGCUAUGCUGUUAGCCUCAAAGUUUGAAGAAAUAUACCCACCAGAAGUAGCAGAGUUUGUAUACAUUACAGAUGACACUUAUACCAAGAAACAAGUUCUGAGAAUGGAGCACCUAGUUUUGAAAGUCCUUGCUUUUGACUUAGCUGCACCAACAAUAAAUCAGUUUCUUACCCAGUACUUUCUGCACCAGCAGUCUGCAAACUGCAAAGUUGAAAGCUUAGCAAUGUUUUUGAGAUAGUUAAGUUUGAUAGAUGCUGACCCAUAUCUAAAGUAUUUGCCAUCAGUUAUCGCCACAGCAGCCUUUCAUUUAGCACUCUACACUGUCACGGGACAAAGCUGGCCUGAAUCAUUAGUACAAAAGACUGGAUAUACGCUGGAAACUCUAAAGCCUUGUCUCAUGGACCUUCACCAGACCUACCUCAGAGCUCAGUGGCAUGCACAACAGUCAAUAAGAGAAAAGUACAAAAACACAAAGUAUCAUGGUGUUUCUCACCUCAACCCACCAGAGACACUAAAUGUGUAACAGUGAAAGACUGCCUUUGUUUUCUAGGAUGUAAAUCACUCAAAGUAUAUGGUGUACAGAUUUUAUCUUAGGUUUUAAUUUUACAAUCAUUUCUGAAUACAGAAGUUAUGGUCUAGUACAAAUUAUGGUAUCUAUUACUUUUUAAAGGU